GUUUGCUUCGUCAUAUACUCUGACAAAUUUGAAGCCGAUCGAAUGCGACAGUGCAGUGUUGGUCGUAUCCCCGAUGAAUUACUUAACAACGAAGCUCUGAAUGCCGCCAUUGCAGUUCUUCCAUCGAACUAUAAUUUUGAGAUCCACAAGACCGUAUGGCAGGUACUCAACAGAAAGUGCAGAACAGUCGGUCUUCAAUUCCCCGAAGGACUGCUGCUGUAUUCAUGCAUGAUCGCCGAUAUAAUCGAAAAGUUCACCGAUGCCGAGACGAUCAUCUUUGCCGAAGUGACCUAUGGGGCAUGCUGCAUCGAUGACUUCACGGCUGGCGCAAUGGGCUGCGACCUCCUGGUGCACUACGGGCACAGCUGCCUGAUUCCCGUCCAGGAAACUUCCGAGGUCCCCGUUUUGUACGUUUUCGUCGAAAUGCGCUUCGACACGGUGCAUCUUAUCGAGACGUUACGCAGUAACUUCAGCAACUACCCGCAUCUCGCGCUCUGCAGCACCGUUCAGUUUAUUAGUUCAUUACAGGUAUUACGUAUUAUCGUUUUAUGGGUUUUCCAGGCUGUGAAACAAGCAUUGGCGUCUGCAGAACAGAAAAUUACAAUUCCUCAAUGUCGACCACUCUCUGCGGGGGAGGUACUCGGAUGUACUUCACCGAAAUUGCCUGCUGACAUUAGCGGAGUGGUAUUCGUCGGCGACGGCCGGUUUCACAUCGAAUCAGUUAUGAUCGCCAAUCCGACGUUUCCCAUAUUCAAGUACGAUCCGUAUUCAAAAGAGUGCACUCGAGAGUAUUAUGAUAAUGAACGAAUGUUGGACGUUCGCAAAACCUCGAUCAAUCAAGCAGCUGCGUGUCAGACGUUUGGACUGAUACUCGGCACCCUUGGUCGGCAAGGCAGCCCGGCCAUUUUUGACGUGCGCAAGUUUCGGUUGUUACAGUGUUUUAUUGAAAUAGGCGUAAAUAUCCUGUUCGAAUCAUUGCUUCAUCGUGUAAUAUCGCUGCUAGCGAAAGUCAUUCAUACGCUCUGGAUCCAUGUUUCCUGUCCUCGUUUAUCGAUUGAUUGGGGUGCGCAGUUUGAAAAGCCGCUGUUGAAUCCUUACGAGGCAUCUGUUAUGCUUGGUGUAAUGGAAUGGCAGUCAGUUUAUCCCAUGAACUAUUAUUCGGCCGAUGGUCCGUGGAACAACAGGGCCGUGAAUUCGCUAAGGGUGAAAGCAGCAUCUCAGAAGCAACAUGUUCGUGUAGAGUUUGAACGUCUCCCACCUCAGCAGGCUACAAAUGAUGCGACGCAUUGA